AUGGAUUCAAAUUUAAACUUAAGAAAGGAUAGUACCAACUUAUAUAAAAAGCAGAAUAAUUUUAAUAGUCUGACUAAGAGUUGCACUGAUAUUAAUAACAAAGAGUUCGGUGAAUUAAGAAGAGAAGAAAGUUAUAAUACUCUAUCAUUUAAACCAAAAAGGUUAUAUACACUAGAACAGGGAUCCUCUUCCAAAAAUACUUUAGUUAACAAAAUUGGAACUGUUACUGACUCGUGUCCAAAAUCUAUAUCAGAUGGAUUUAAAUAUAUUGAAAUACCUUAUAAUAAAGAGUUCAAAGGCACAAAUUACUACAAAAAUGAAUCUCCGAAACGACAGGAAAAACAAAAAUCAGAUCAUAUACGAGAACCUUCAAGGGAGUCAUUAAUUAGAUGUGAGAAUCUGAAUAAUAAUUCAUAUUCACCAAUGCAUGAAACGUUUUCAAAAUCAAUAUUAAUGUGCGAUGAAUAUAUACCAGAUUUGAACUAUAAAGAUGUAAUUGAAAAUUGGAAAAUUGCCUUGAACGAUGAUGACAAUGCAAAUUCAUUAAUACCUCGCAGUAGUAUGGUAAGACCCCCCAGUAGUAAUAAUAAACUAUCCUGUUCGCCUAGCAGUAUUAGCUAUAGUUCAGCUAGUUUAAGUAGUUUAAAUGAUUCGAUGAUAUUUACGGAAUCACAUGCUCAAGUAGAACCUAUACCUUUUCCAAAUAUCAAUACUAAGAGUAGCAGAGAGCAUUUUGAUUCCGAGAAACCAAGCUAUAAGCCAAUAGAUUUGAAUUUCAUGGAUAAUCAAAACUAUGUGGAAAACAAUUUAUUGAGAGAAUCAGUGACGAAUAAUAGAACUCCUCAUAAACUAUAUACGCCAUUGUCAUCAUUAGCUAUAGAUCGUCAAUUAAAACUUGGAAAUAAACCGAGCGCAAUAGAAUUGGAUAAUCCAAACUCUGAGAUGCUGACAAAAUAUUACUCGAAUGAUUAUUUUGUUAAUGGUAAUAAUCCAAAUUCAUAUACAUAUAAAUCGGUAUCUUCUACCACCGGAAGAAGACAUUCAUCUGCAACAAACGACUCCUUCAGAUCAGUAUCUUCCUCAAUUUCAGUAUUACCAAAUUCUUUAAAUGGGAAUAAUACAACAGUUUCAAUGUUGAUGGAGUUAGCAAUGAGACCUGAAGAAAUCGUGAAAUUAAUAGGGUUUUUGCCUGGAAAUUUUAUGUUGCUACCGUACACUCAGAGAAAGAAGUUAUUGAUUGAACUUAAACCAGAAAAGAAUUACAAACAAUUGAUGAACGUGAUUAAGAAAUUUAUGUUAACAACAUCUAAAAGUAAUGUUUCUUUACGAAACUUACAAUGCCUUAAUAGAGUGUCUAGUGUUGAAAACAAUCAUCAGCAAUCGCAACAACAACAACAGCAGCAACCUGAGUUGAUCUCGCCAUCUUACGGAAUGAAUAACUCUGUCGCGUCACAAUAUUUAAAUUCUUUUUCACCAAGCGUUCAGUCCUCAUUUCAGAGUAAUUUCAACGCAAAUGCAUUCAAUGAUAUAAGUGACACAAAUGCUUCUCCACUUAAUAACUAUGCAAAUAUGGGAACCAGUGGUACAAACAGACGUUAUAGCAUAAGUGAAUUAACAAAUGCUAAAAACUUGGAGAGUAGACCAGAUGACAAAGGAGAAGAAAUACUAAAUCAUGUCCUUGGGAAGAUUAUUGGUUUUGGUGCAUGGGGAUUGAUCAGGGAAUGUUUUGAUCUUAAAACUGGAAAGUGUAGAGCUAUAAAAAUAAUACGUUUUCGAAAUAAUGAGAAAUUAAAAAAACAAGUUUUACGGGAAGUAAAGAUAUGGAAUGAAUUGAAACAUGAAUUUAUAUUGCCACUUAUAAAUUGGAAACUCUAUGAAAAUUACGCCAUGUUUUGCUUAACCGAAAGAGUGUAUGACGGGACAUUGUAUGAUUUGGUGAUUACUUGGGAUGAGUUUUCAAAAUCAAGAAUUGAAAUAGAAGAACGUUGCAAUAUUACAGCAUUACUUUGUUCACAAGUAGCAAAAGCAUUAAGUUACAUGCAUUCCCAAAUGAUAGUUCAUGGAGAUAUAAAAUUAGAAAAUUGUCUUUUAAUAAAGGAUUCUAUCGAUUAUUCAAAGUGGAAAGUAAUGGUCUGUGAUUUUGGUAUGAGCUGUCACUUUGGUUCAGCAAUUACAAAUGAUGAACGAUUAUACGGUGACCUUGAUAAUAAUACGAAAAUAAAGAAUCGUAAAAGGAAUUUAAAAAAUAGUUGGUUUAAUAACUGUAAUGUUGAUCCCUAUUGCCUAAAACAUGCAAAUACAGCAGGUAAUCCAGUUGGUAAUGAUGCUUAUUUAAACAACCAAAUUAAUCUAAAUUCACGUAGUUCAGAACGAUUGACGGGACUAAGCAAAAUUCUAAAGCCUGAGCCAGUCUCUACUCAUUCCUCUGGUAGAAAACAUCACCUGAAUAUCUCCCCUAAAUCUUACACAUCGAUUACAAAUACGCCUGAGAUUUCUUUGAAACCUUCACUUAAAACAUCAACUACAUCAAAAUUAAAUACUAAUCGAAUUAGAAGAGCACCAACUAUUACGAUAGGAGAGCAUGAUCACACAAUUUCACAUUCUAAUAUGGCGAAAGGUCCUGAUCCGCAUACAAAUAUUGGGUCUUUACCUUACGCAGCUCCUGAAUUAGUAUCGGCUAAUUCCAAAAAUAUUGACCCACCUGCAGAUAUAUGGGCAUUAGGUGUCCUCAUAUAUACAAUGCUGGUUGGAAAACUUCCUUUCAAGAAUGAUUAUAACUCAAGACUUGGAGAAAUCAUUCAAGCUGGAAAUUUUGAUAGAAGAUCUUUACAACUUGCCUGCAAUUCUUGCGAAAGUGACAAUGAAAGGGUUGUGGAUGAAUCCACUAAGAAAUCAAGGACUUUGAGGAAUGGUAGACUUUACGAAAUAGUGAUUGGAUCACUAACUGUGGAUCUUGAUAAAAGGUGGAGUCUCGAGAGAAUUGAAAAUGAAUUAAGUAUAUUAUAUAAUGGAGCCCAUUAA